GUCGUCGUCGUCGUCGUCGUCGUCGUCGUCGUCGUCGUCGUCGUCGUAGUACUGUUAUUUUGCAUAUUGUUGUGUGUGUGUGUGUGUCUUACUAGUUGUUUGUGUUGUUUGUGUUGUUUGUGUGGCCUGUGCUGUCUCUGCGUCCGUGUGCAUCGGCUGCGUGCAGCUAUGUAUCUUUGCUUCUGAUGAAUACAGGUGACAUCACAAGUAGUACCGUACUGCCUUAUUUAUGGCUGCCUGCGUUGGGUAGAGACGGGCUGAACAAACAUGGCGCCCUCGGUUCUGGCCUUGACGAUGCUCACAAGGGUCGAUUGACGAAUCAUUCCAUGUUAAUCUGCAGGGGUGCAUGAAACCAAUCGAGUUUUCUCCCAGCCAAACCCGGCCCUGCCAUAGGGCGCCAUGGAUCGUGCGCACCGCGACCCACGCGACCCACGUGCUGUGCGAGAUCGCGAAGCCGCUGCUCAACGACCUGACGCGGCGCCGGAAUCAAUCUGCUCGAUCAGGGCCGAGCAGCAGGUAAAGGUGGUGGCCACGCAGACGCCCCCCUGCCGCGUGCGGGUCUUGCCCGCCUCCGCGCCUCGCGUGCGACACCACUCACCGCGGAUGGGAUCGCGGCGGGAGAUCGGAGAGGUCCAGGUGCGGGAUCGGCGUUGUCCACUGCACCGCUCGGGCUCCACACCAAGUCUUGGCCAUAGACGUGGCGCGACGAAGGCCAAGGUCUUGGAGCAGUCGAAGGAUGCCAAGGCCAACACGGGCGCAAAGGAGAGGAAGAGCAUGGGCACCAAGGGCGUGGAAGGCAACGCCCGCGCCGCAAGCGCACCCGCACCUAGAGGCGUGAAGAUCGCGCCGGCUGGAAAGACUGCCAAAGAUCCGAAGCCCCAGAAUCUGCACAAGGACACGAGCAAGGCGAAGCGGAAGCCCAGCCGGAAGCCAAAGGAGCCAGAGGCGGCAGGGGUGAGCCAGCCAAAGCAGCCGGGGCCGGUGUCCAGCGCGCAGACUUUGCUGAUGCCCAGCUCUUGGGGGAACUUUGAGACAGCCGACCUCGAAUUCAGGAGCACUGAAGAGGUGGAGUUGAAUGCCAUCAUCCAGGCGCCGCCUUUGGUGCAAGUACAGAUCAAGCGCAAGACACGCCGCGGGUUCAGCAUCAAUCGAGGCUGCGGCUGCUGCGAUCAGAAACUGUGUAAUUAGGGUACAUGCUUGAAUUAUGAAUGAAGCUUGUUUCAGCCGGUUCUCGCAAUACACACA